CUAGUGUCACUCUAGUUUACAUCUGAACAUUAUAGACUAGCAACGUGACGUAGGCUUUGACUACGUAUGCUUUUAUGUCGAUGUCAAUUCUUUUGUUGCAAGUUCGAUUUCAGUUUUCAUCGCUUAUUGUUAGAUGUUGCAGGCAAUAAUCGAAUGUGUUGAGUGAAAUUCACUUUAAAAAUAUAAUUAUCCGUUUGUCGUUGUCGUUUAUCAUGUCUGCCUAUACUAUUAUUGUAAAUGAUGUGCAAAAAAUGAAAAAUAAAAUUUUGUGUCUGGCCCGUAUUGACAAUUACCGAAAUGUUCUGAAACAUGUCACGGUCGGCGAAUCCAUCCGGACGGAUCCAUUUCGAUUGGAUUUUUACGACUCCGUCGGAACGUCGAGUUGGAUGUUGAUAUUUUAUCCGAAGGGUCAGUACGUCGAAUCACGUAAUUCCGUUGUCAAGGAAAGUGGCCGAGCCAGUAUGUAUCUGAAAAUGGUCGACUGUGAACACCAAGACGACUCGUUGGGACUGGCCAUCCGAUUUUUCAUCAAAUCGCCGUAUUGUGAUGUCUUGGACAAAUUUUCAACCUCCAAAUGUGCGAACUUUUCGUAUCGCAAUCUGAGUGAACGUUGGAGUGGUCCAUUUAAUUUGGCUGCUAUAGAGGAGCUCUAUUCGAGUCGAUGUAAGAAUUUGUUCUUAAAUGAUUCGUUAACUGUUGGAUGUGAAUUGGACGAUACUACGUUUCAUCCAUCCCCAAUGAUGCAUUUGAACGAGAAUGUUCAUGUAACUGACACAUCUUAUACUACUGAUGAUGAACGUUCGUUAACCAUUGGAUAUGAAUUGGGGAAUACUUCGUUUCGACCGUGUACAACUUACACGGAUGACCAACGUUCUCUAAACGUUGGAUUUCAAUUAGGCGAUACUACUUUUCGGUUGCCAUCAAUGAUGGAGUGGGAAGAAAAUGUCCACGGUACUAGCGCAUCAUAUUCUUAUGACCAACAUUCUUCAGCCGUUGGACCUCAAUUGAACAGUACUACGUUUUACCCGUAUACACCGCCAUCAAUGAUGCAGUCGAAAGAAAAUGUCCACAGUACGGGCAAAUCUUACACUGACCAGAGACGUUCUUUAAUUUUUGGAUCGGUAUUGGACAAACGUCCGCGUACACCACGAACAACGCUGCAGCCUAGGGAAAAUUUUAAUAUUUCCAGUAGAUCGCAUACCGCUGGCAGACAUUCUUUGCCUGUUGGAUAUGAACCGCAUAAUACAACUUUGCCAGUGUCCAGUAUUGAUGCUAAAUUGGACACUGUUAAGAAACCUGUAAAGAAAUCUACGAAUAUUGGUCCCCGUCAAACCACUCCAAGAGUACAUACGAAAGGAAAUCCUCGUCGUGAAAGCACUUUCAAUACCGAUGUCAAAGCAGACGAGUGCAAAGGAGAGAAAAACGAAAAGAAAAUUUCUGUUCAAGAAUUGACCUCGGCUCACCGAAACGUUUCUCUUGAGGAGAACGAAAAGGAACACGAUUCCUUUAAGGAGAACGAAAAGCAGUCCUUGUGUGCAUGUCGCAAUUCAAACGAAAUGAUUAGCAAGGAAACGCAAACGUGGAGUGAUAAAUUGCGAUCUUGUGGGAAAGUCGACAAAAAUGGAACUGACAAUGUUCAUCAAUUGUCACCACGCCAUCAUCGUGUCAAGUCACGCGUUGCAUACUUUGAGAAAGCUUUCUCGUCGAAGGACUAGACAUACGAUUUAUAAUGUUGCUAAUGGAAUUACCGACUUAGUUUUGUUCGAACAAAAAGCAGUUUAUGUCCUUCAGAGUGUAAUGUAUUAAAUAUUUGUUUCUGUCCGUUUCAAAGGACCAUUGAAAAUUUGAAAAAUAAAAAAAAAGAUUUUCUGUCGCAUCAAUCUU